UCGGACGUUACUCAACAGUUGCUCAGUACUUGAGUAGUUUUUUCACCAAGUACUUUUCUACAGUAUACCCACUGCAAUACAUUAGGCUACUAAACCACUGGUUAUAAGAUAUAUUCUCCCGUGAUGCCUUCACCUCCCCUGGUUUAUUUGCAUUGUGUCUCUGUGUGUUGAAUAAAGCCCUUUGUGGUUCAUAAUGAACAAAAAAACGUAUUUUUUGGUUCCUGUCUGCUGAGAGAGAAACCGCAGAGAGUCGGUGAUCUCACCUCAGAGGAAGGAGGGAAGUUUAACUGCUGCUGUGACGGAAGGAAACAAGUCAGUCUGUGGUACGAUGGGACGGACGCCUCCUCUGCUGCUGCUGCUCUUUCUGACAUCACUGCUGAGCUGCACAACAAACCAAGCCUCUCUGACUGUGAGUCCCAGCAGCUCUCAGAUGUUUGAGGGACAGUCUGUCUCUCUGAGCUGUGAGGAGGACGACAGCUCUGCUGGAUGGACUCUGAGGAGGAACACAACCAGAGAAACCAGAGCUGAGUGUAAGGACUGGGGACAGGGAACUGCCGAUUCGUCCUGUAACAUCAGCGCCAUUAUACCUUCGGACAGUGGAGUGUACUGGUGCGAGUCCAGAGAGGGAGCAACCAGUAACAGCAUCAACAUCACUGUCACUGGUAAACCCACCACCCCUCCACCUCCUCUAUCCCCCUUCAGCCCUGGCCCCUCUUCCUCGUCUCCUCUGUCCUCGUCUCCUGCUCUCCUAGCGUCCUUGCUGUCUGUCCCAGUCCUCUGUGGUCUGGUGCUGCUGGUUGUUCUGGUCCUACUGGUGAGACGAUGUGUCCGCAGGAAACACUCAACAACAACAACAACAACAACAGAGAGUGAUCGAGCUGCCGUGAGAGGAACUACAGACAUCAUGUACGGACAAAUAGUGAUCGGACCAAACAGGGCGAGAGAGUUUCCACCAGAACCAGAAGUGGUCUACUCCUCGCUGAAGCCCACCAUCCCUCCUUCACACCAGUCCAACCAGUGAAGUCUGCUGGUUUGCAUUUAUUUAAACCAAUCACAAUCCUCCUCGGCGGCGCUGAGAUGUCUCAGCCGGAUUUGGAAAAACUUGUCCAUGCUUUUAUCUUCAGUAGACUUGACUACUGUAACGGGGUCUUUACAGGUCUGCCUAAAAAAAUCAA